CUGUCUUUUGCCGUAGCUAGCUACACGGUCGGCCUUCCCGUGCACACAUUCGCCCUGUAUUUCAGAGCCGCAGCGAGCUCGGUGUCCUGCAGCAUGUUCAGAUCCGCUCUCCGCCUCUCGCUCUCUACUGCUCGGAGCAUAACACAAGCCCGAUCACAGAAUAUAGCUCCUUUAGCUAGCCGCUGCUAUUCCCAUGGCAAGCAAGAGACAGAUGAGGAGUUUGAUGCCCGCUGGGUCACCUACUUCAACAAACCAGAUAUCGAUGCUUGGGAACUCAGAAAAGGUAUGAACACUUUAAUUGGCUAUGAUCUGGUACCUGAGCCCAAAAUUCUGGAAGCUGCGUUGAGAGCUUGUCGGCGAUUAAAUGACUUGGGCAGCGCCAUCCGUAUUCUUGAGGCAGUUAAGGACAAAGCAGGUCCAAACAAAGAUAUCUAUCCAUAUGUGAUCCAAGAGCUUCGUCCCACGCUUACUGAGCUGGGAAUUCCCACACCUGAGGAGCUUGGCAUUGACAAAGCAUAGACUUCUGCAGUUAUGAGUCUUUUGAGGGACAAUUGCCAUGGUCGGACUGAGUGGACCUCCUGUACUUGAAGUCUUUGCCACAUGUCGUGACAUUUGUGUUGUAUUUAAUUGGCCUGUAUAAUGUUCUUUUGCCUGUAAAAUAGUGGUGGAGCUAAUAAAGGGAGAUAUAUAUAUUUACUGAAUCAGCUCACUGUUGUUUCUGAAUUGUACAUGAAUUCACUGUAACAUUACAUACUGACAUACUGUGUGAGCUGAAUGAUCUUUGUGCAACUCAAGCACUUGUUUCAUUCUGGUAUGAAAAUAGAGGGCCACUAGGGGGCAGUGCACGAGCUUGUUUAGGAUUUUAUUGCCUUUUACAAUGCAUUGAAAUAAGGGAUUGUAUAGAAUACAGUUCCAGUGAAACAAAUUCUACCACUGUUUACUGCAAAUAAAUAUUAAACCAAG